GUCUCAGUUAUCGUUAAUGCGGUAAUUUGUUUCCAUUGUUGGUUAGUAUGAUACCCGAAGGAUUGCCGGAGUUACUGGAGAAAUUCACGGAGAAGGCUAUAUCAGAAAAGCCAACUGAUUUGGUUGAGUUUGCGGCAAAUUAUUUUCAUAACCUUCUGGAAUCGAAAAGUCAACUUGAAGAACAUCGAGUAGGCUAUAUUGGUGCACGUCGACACAGUGUGGCAGCUGAAAGUUUUAAUCCAGCCACGAUAACUGAUUUGGAACCUGUUGUUCAUCCAAAGUCUGUAGCACAAAAACUUCGUUUAGUAUCAGUUGUUAAACCAAUUUUCAUUUUCCGUUCAUUGGAUGAGAUUCAACUGAGAAGAGUAAUCGAUGCGAUAAAAGAAACGCCUGUGACUAAAGGUCAAGUAAUUAUAAAUCAAGGUGAAGAUGGUGAUUAUUUUUAUGUAAUUGAAAGUGGGGACUAUGAUAUAAUCAUAAAUGGGAAUACAGUAGGAAGUUAUGCUGGAUCGGGUUCCUUUGGAGAACUAGCACUUAUGUAUAACACUCCUCGAGCGGCUACCAUUAUAGCGAAAACAGAUGGUGUAUUGUGGGCUUUGGAUCGAACAACGUUUCAACACAUAGUUUUGCGACAGGCAUUUUUAAAACGUCAACUUUAUGAGAACUUGCUAUCUUCAGUUCCGCUUUUAGGGAGUUUAAGUGCAUACGAACGUACUAAUUUGGCGGAUGCACUUGGGAGUCAUACCUAUGAAGAUGGGACGUGGAUUAUUCAAGAGGGUGAACCGGGAGAAGAAAUGUACUUUAUUGAGGAGGGAUGUGUUGUAAUUUCUACCAAGAAUUCUAAAGGAGAAGAAAUCGUACUCAAACAGCUGCAUAAGAAUGAUUAUUUUGGUGAAUUGGCGUUAAUUUUACAUGAACCCAGGAAAGCAUCAGCUCGUGCUGUUGGUAGAACUAAACUUGCAGUUCUGGAUGUAUCAAGUUUUGAACGACUUAUGGGACCAUGUAUAGAAAUUAUGCAACGUGAAAUGGGACGUUAUCGUACUCAAUUACUUGAAAGUUUGGGACCAGAUGAUAUACGUAAUAAUCCUUCAUUGGCAAAAUUCGUAGAAUUCGAACAGUAAUAAAAAAAGAAAAUACGUAUAUGUCAAUUAUAAUGAAUUAUAAAAACAAACUACAAUUGUCUGUUCUUAUUCAUUUCUUCAUAUAGAUGUUUUACGUAAAUGAUCGUAUCCUCAAUGUUUUGUUGAUGAAUUUCUGUAUCUUUCAUGAAUAAAAACGUUUAACGUUUUCAUUGUUCUUUAUAUAAUAUCUGUAACGUGAUUAUUCUCCUCAUUUACACAUACAUUCGAUUAUCGAAUGUAUUUUUUAAAAAUAUCAUAUUGUUGGCAUAUUAAACUAAUUACUUCAACUACUACUUAUAAUCAUAUACUACUUUCAUACAAAUUCCAUGAUAUAAUUUACAAAAUAGUUUGAUUAAUUAUCUCUUUAUUACUAUUAUUAUUAUCUUCCUAAUAAUUUAAUAAUCUUUAUCAAUUCUCUUAUAAUGUAAAUAAUUAAUUGAUGAUUGGGUUUUUUUUUAAACUUGAAUUGGUGUGAACAAAGUAAAACAGAUGGUGAAAAUUAAUAGAAGAAAAAGAAUUUCCCCAUUAAAUAAUAAAUAUAAUUGAUCAUUUAAAAAGAGAAAAGUAAAAAAAAAGAAAGAAAGGUAAAAGAAGAAUUGAAAAGAAUUUCAUUGCAUUUCAUUUCAAUUAAUAAUUACUUUAUUUGUACACUUAAAUUUAUUUAGUAAAUUGAAGAUAUAACAGAUAAAAAAAUUAUUAUUAUAUUUAUUGACAAUUAUUAUUUAUUACUGCUUAUAGUUCAAAUUUAAUUUAGUGAUAUUAUCAUUCACUUUACUGUUGUUGUUUUUGUUUAUUUAAAGUUGACAUAAUGAUUAGAUAUUUUAUUAAAAUGAAUACAAUACAAUAAUAAUAACAAUAGUAAAAUGAUGUACUAUUGUUGAAUAAUGAAUAAGUGUUCAUGGAAUUUAUUUCCACAAUACAUACGUAUACAACUAUAAUCUUGAAGUAAACUUUCUCUUAUUUCUUUUUUUUCUUCUGUGUUUAGUAUGUGUGUAUGUAUGGUAAUGUUUUUUUUAAUCACCUCUUUGUCUUUUCUGAAACAAUAAUUGCCUUGUAGAGUGUUUAUAGUUUAUUCAUUUGUAAAUGUACAAUUAUGAAUAGAUUUUAUGCAGUUCUAUAUUUUGCUAAUAGUUUAAAAUUUUCUAAUCCAAUUAAAAGAUACUUUAUAUUAUUUAUGGUAAAAUUAUUAUUUUAUUUAGUUGUUUUUUUGUUGUUGUUGUUAAAAGUAAUGAUAUAUAUGUUCGCUGU